CCUGUGCUUGCUAUGAACUCAGCCGCUUACCUAAGAGCUGUUCAUUAAGCCGAGCUGGGUCGCAGUGACAGAAAACUGAUCCGCUGCAGAAUGAGGAAAAGGGUCCCAGAUCAGGAUGAUUCAUCCUCGUCGGCCUCCCCGGCCCAGAAGACAGCCCGAGUCCCGGAGAGGAAGGCUGCACCGUCCAGGUCCCCAUGGUGGGUUUGGCUGAAAAGAGGCUUAUUGGUCGUCUUUCUUGUUUACAUUUCAGUGCCUGUUAUGCUGAAAGUAUCUCCUGCCUUUGUCAAGCAUCUUGUUUAUUCAAACAAAGGUCUCCUUUCCCAUAUUGCAGGCAGGGCAGGGACCUCUGUUGACCUGAGUCGACCCGCUGAUUUCUCCCUUAAUCACACUAUCAACAUGUACCUGACACCAGAGGAGGGGAUCUCCCUUGGUGUGUGGCACACCGUUCCUGAAAGUCAGUGGAAAGAGGCUCAAGGGAAGGACUCGGCCUGGUACCAGAAAUCCUUAAGCGACGGAAGUCCGGUUUUCAUAUAUCUGCACGGGGCCAACGGCACGAGGGCCGAGAGUCAUCGAGUGGGAGUGGCAAAUGUACUGAGUGCAAAUGGUUACCACGUGCUGGCAGUGGACUACAGAGGGUUUGGGGAUUCCUCUGGGGAGCCGUCUGAGGCAAGCCUGACCUCUGACACCGUCUACGUGUACCACUGGGUGAAGGCACGCAGCGGAGACAGCAAGGUGGUCAUCUGGGGCCAUUCCCUGGGCAGCGGAGUGGCCACCAACACCGCAGUCAAACUGAUGGAGCAAGGCGUGGUCGUCGACGGUGUGAUCCUGGAGGGCACGCUGAAGAAUACGAGAGAGCAAAUGAAGAGUUACUUUACCAGGUUAUAUGGGAUGCUCCCGGGCUUUGAGUACUUUUUCAUUGAGCCGAUGGCAGAAAAUGAAAUUAUCUUCCCCAAUGAUGAAAAUGUGAAGAAAAUGAGGAGUCCUCUUCUGUUCCUGCAUUCAGAGGAUGAUCAUGUCAUUUCACUUCACAUGGCUCAACAGGUGUAUGAGAGAGCGGUGAGCGCCCAGAGUCCGGAGCGAGUCCAGAUGGUGACGUUCAGCGGUUCACUGGGAUACCGACACAACGGGUUAUAUAAAGACCCUCGUACGCCUGGCAUCCUCAAGAAGUUUGUGCAGUCCCUGUGAAGACAUCACAGAGCACUGAAUUCAUUUUGUUAAACCUUAAACUUCA